AUGGAGCCAACAGUCAGAAUGAUUGAGAGGGUCAUGUACCCUCUGGCAGCAUUUGCAGAUGACUGUCCUUCACAAGAUUCAGGCUCGCAGUCGCAAAAGCCAACAACACCCAUUUCGCCAUGGCCCGAGUCGUAUCUCAACCCGAAAAACCGCAUCAAUUCUCUCACCGCUGUCACCAACCCUACUUGGUCGAUGCAUGGGGUCCAGGCAGACGGACACAGGCUCUUUGUUGUUCCUUCAUUUGCCGUUGGAAGACCGCCCUUGAGGAUCGACAUGUACCUGGCCGAGCAGUAUGAGUAUGAUAUGCCUUCCUCGCUUGUCGAAGUCCUUCAACCGGCCGCGUCAAUGCGCCUGAAGAGCCGACAGGUAGGAGGCACGCCGCUUUGCCAGCAUCUCCUUCGCGCACUUGAGCACUGGGAACGGAACAGUCGAGGUUUCGAGCAACAGUACUGGAGCAUGCCGUUCGGGAGUAUGAUUCUGGUCGAAAGUAUCGCUGCCGACGUGAGGCAGACAGUACUGCAUCUGGCGCCGCGGUACGACACAGAGCAGGCGUGGCUGUCGGUUGUCGAGCUCCGCGCCGCUUGGGGCACCGGCGUGGAUUUGGAUGACUCCGAAAUCAUCGAUCUCGGUGAGCUACAGCUGCUAGAACAACCACACGAAGCCAUCAGUAUUGUGGCGAUUCCUAAGCGGCAGGGGAGGCGCAAGUUGGUGUUCAAGGCGGUCUUGAACGACCUCAAGGCUAUGUACCACGAGCUCCGACUCUUACUGACGAUGGAACCGCACCCGAAUAUCAUCGCUCGUCCAUUAUACGUCGUCACCAAGAAGUGUCGUUUCGGUGGCAAGGUCGGGGUGUGCGGCUUCAUCCUGGAGUAUUAUUCCUAUGGGACGCUGCGCGACGCGCUUUGGCGGUCUGCGCGCUGCGCAUCCCAAGCGAAUGAGCUAACUAUAGAGACAAAGUUUCGCUGGGCGCGCGAAAUUAUCGAUGGGGUGAUCCAUAUUAACAAGCUGUGCGGGACCUACUACCCGGGGAUUAAGCACAUAAACAUCGUCAUGGGUCCCCGCAUAGAGCCCGCUGGCGGCGAGGACAACAGCCCGACUGAUAUCAAUAGCUUGUCCCCAGUCCUAAUAGACUUCGAGCAACGAACCGGCCGCUAUACCUGGGUCCCUCCCGAAAUAUACCACUUCAGCUCAGUCGAAUUCGUAGCCAACUCAGACCGCGCACCACGCGAGAUGCGGUCGAGGGCUGCCCGCCUGAUUGGUGCAUACGACGGGAGCUGGAUACCGGAUGGUCCUCAACAUAAGUUCGCGGUCCGCCCCGAGGGAUACAGUUCUGCUUGGAACGUGUUGUCAAUGAGAGAAUGCGAGGCCGCGCAGGUGUACAUGCUCGGAAAGUUGCUAUGGUACAUUUUCGAGGAACAAGGGUCAAUUAACAAUGGACUCAACUUGGAGACGUUCCGUGAGGAAGAGUGCGAUAUUGUGUUUCCUGAGUUUAGAACGACACCACAGCCUAUCCGAAAGAUCAUCAGCACGUGCACGCGAGGGGCCCCGGAAUGGUCAGGACGACUCCCAGCUGUUGUGAAGUUAAAAGGGAAGCUAUGGGCGCGGAAUAAGCUGACAGAUGUCAAUAAUCCAACGGGGACGUCAGAGGACACCCAAAAUGCUGCUAGAGAAUGGUGGGUGCAUGAGUUACAAACGGCGGAGUCAUUCCUAAUGGCGAGGAAGCGCGAGAAAGUUUUGAAAGGGGCGUUGGCAAGUGAUAAGAGCAUUUUGUCUUGUAUGAAGGGCCGGCCCACUUUCGGAGAGCUCCAGCAACUGCUUCAAGAAGCAGAAAACAGUCUUGUGGGAAAGUAG